GCUACAUAUAAAGCCUUGCUAAAGACUAAGGUACAACAUUUUAAAAAUUAUGUUAAGAAGUGCUAUAAAAUUGCUUAAUAAUGGCACUAUCAAGUCAAUCAGUGUUCGUUCGAUGACAUAUUAUCCAAUUGACGAUGCGUUCUUUGGAUUGACCGAGGAGCAAAGUGCUCUUCGUCAAACGGCAUUCAAUUUUGCUCAAAAAGAAUUGGCUCCAUUUGCCCAAGAAAUUGACAAGAACAAUGAAUUUAAAGACUUGAGAAACUUUUGGAAAAAACUGGGGUCCAUGGGAUUUUUGGGUAUUACUGCAUCUCCAAAAUAUGGCGGCACUGGAGGAAGCUACCUAGAUCAUGUCUUGAUUAUUGAGGAACUUUCAAGAGCUUCUAGUUCCAUUUCCUUAUCCUAUGGUGCACAUUCAAAUCUAUGUGUCAAUCAAAUCAGUAGACAUGGAAGUGAAGAACAAAAGCUAAAAUACCUUCCAAAAUUAUGUUCUGGUGAGCACAUGGGUGCUUUAGCAAUGUCUGAAGCAGGAAGUGGAUCGGAUGUUGUGUCAAUGAAGCUAAAAGCUGAAAAGGAUGGCAAUAAUUACAUCUUAAAUGGAAGUAAAUUUUGGAUCACAAAUGGACCUGAUGCUGAUGUUCUAGUUGUGUAUGCUAAGACCGACACUAAGGUUGCACCACACAAAGGAAUCAGUGCAUUUAUUAUUGAAAAAGGUUUUGAAGGAUUCAGUACAGGAAAAGUUCUUGACAAGGUAGGUCAUCGUGGAUCAAAUACAGGAGAAUUAAUCUUCCAAGACUGUAAAAUUCCAGCUGAAAAUAUGCUUGGAAAAGUUGGACAUGGCGUUUAUGUCUUAAUGAGUGGAUUAGAUCUCGAAAGAGCUGUUCUUGCCGCUAAUUCUUCAGGUUUAAUGCAAGCAGCUAUCGAUGUAGCAUUUGCUUAUGCUCAUCAAAGAAAGCAAUUCGGUGUCAAUAUUGGAGAAUUCCAAUUAAUUCAAGGAAAGAUGGCUGACAUGUACACAACAUUAAACACAUUUAGAAGUUACUUGUAUAAUGUAGCAAGAUCAUGUGAUGCAGGCAAAGCUAAUCCUAAAGACUGUGCUGGUGUAAUUUUAUAUGGAGCAGAAAAGGGACAAAAAUUAGUUUUAGACGCAAUUCAGAUUUUGGGAGGCAACGGAUACAUUAAUGACUAUCCAACUGGUAGAUUCUUAAGAGAUGCCUUGCUAGGAACAAUUGGUGCAGGCACUAGUGAAAUAAGAAGAUUAGUUAUUGGACGAGAAAUUAACAAAGAAUAUAAAUAAUCGUACUGACAAGCUUAACAUGCUUUAAUAAUUAAGACAAAUUUCUUUAUACAUUCCGUUAAGAUGUAAUAGUUGAGUGCUGUACACAUUUCAAGGUUGUGGGAAUAAACAAUGUUAUUAUACAAACAUGUUGAACAUAAAAAUAA